UAGCGCGCGCUCUCUCUCUCUCUCUCUCUCUCUCCUUUUUUAUUUUUUCCAGCACUGUGCACCAGAAGUAAAUGUUCGGGAGCAUGUUAUGGCCACUUAACGUUCUCGAGUUGUUCAGAGUAUCCUGACUUUAGUGUUUUUCUUUUCCUCUCCCCGUUAUUUCAGCUCUUUGCGCUCCGCUGCAGAUGUGCGCGGUUUCGCGGCUCAAUUUUCUUCUCUCACUUUUCUCGGGAUUUCUCGGGUAAACAUGCAGCCCCCGCCGAGGAAGGUGAAAGUGAGCCAGGAGCUGAAGCACGCUCACGCGGAGCAGCUGAGCAAACUUAACGUGAAACAUCAGACUGACUGUGACCUUCUGGAAGACCUGAGGACGUACAGCCAGAAGAAAGCAGUUAUUGAGAAAGACUACGCACAGGCGCUGCAGAAGUUGGCCUCUCAGUAUCUGAAAAGAGAAUGGCCUGGGGUUCAGUCAGAGGAGCAGAAAGACUACAGGAACGUUUGCACGGUAUGGAGAGCGUACCUGGAAGGGGUAGUGAAAGUGACCCAGUCUCGGAUCACCGGCUGCGACAGCUACAGGAGCCAGGUUUCAGAGCCGAUCAAGACCUUCCGAGUGCACAAAGAGCAGCAGCUGAAAAAGUGUAUCGAGCAGCUCUCGCGGGUUCAGGCUGAGCUUCAGGACACGGUGAAGGACCUGACCAAGUCCAGAAAGAAGUACCAGGAGACGGAGCAGAUGGCCCAGGCCGUGAGGGAGAAAGCAGAUAUGGAGGCGAAGUCCAAACUCAGCCUGUUCCAGUCCAGAUCCAGUUUAACACGAGCAAGCGUCAAGUUGAAAGCCAAGAGAAACGAGUGUAACUCCAAAGCCACCCACGCCAGGAACGAUUAUCUGCUUACUCUGGCAGCAGCCAACGCGCACCAGGGGCGAUACUACGAGACAGAUCUGAUCAGCUGCAUUAAGAUCCUGGAUGGCAGCGUGUACGAUAACAUGAAAGGCUACUUGGUUUCACUGUGUCAGACCGAGCUCGAUGCGUCCCACGUCGUUCAGGACACCUUCAACUUCCUGCUGGAGAAAUCCAAUGGGGUUAUGCAGGACUUUCACCAGGAGCUCUUUGUGCAAGAGAACCCUACGCUUCAGAAAGCUUCCCCCUUCAACUUUCAACCCUGUGACAAUGAUUCUGUAACGCAGAUAGAGAAGGAAAGCGGCACGGCGGAGGAGCACAGUCUAAAUAAAGAGGCCCGGAAGUGGGCCACCCGUGUAGCCAGGGAACACAAGAGCAUUAUCCACAGCCAACGGACUCUAUCGGAGUGUGAAGGGACGCCUCAGCAAGAGCAGAACCCCAGUGAACUGGAGCUGAAGAUCGAGGAGGCAAAAGAGAGCAUCCGAAAAGCAGAGACAGUUAAGCUGAAAGCCGAAGCUCGUCUGAACCUGCUGAGAGACGUGGGCGUGGCCGUUGACACCUGGAUAAAGAGCGCCAUGAACCAAGUGAUGGAGGAGCUGGAAAACGAAAGAUGGGCCACAAUGACAACCAAUGACGCUUCUCUUUCUAGCACGGCAGAUUUUGACAGAGAGGAGGACGAGGAGACGGAGGACACGGAGACUUUAGAUGAUAGCAGCUCCAGUCCCUCUAGCACCUUGAGGAACUACCCUCUGACCUGCAAAGUGCUUUACUCAUAUCAGGCUUCACAACCAGAUGAGCUAACUAUUGAGGAGCAGGAAGUGCUGGAAGUCAUAGAUGAUGGUGAUAUGGAAGACUGGGUUAAGGCCAGAAACAGAGCUGGGCAGGUGGGUUACGUGCCAGAGAAGUACCUGCAGUUGCCUUCGUCCAACAGUCUUCUGAGCAUGCUUCAGUCCCUGGCAGCUCUGGACACACGCUCGUACUCCUCCAAUAACUCCACCGAGCAAGAGCCUGAGUCUGCGGCUGAGCAUGUCCAGACCAGCCCCAACGGAGACAACAGCAUGCAUUUUGCGAAAGCAUUGUAUGAUUACGAGGCUCAGACCGAAGACGAGCUCUCCUUCCCCGAGGGAGCCAUCAUCCGCAUUCUGAACAAGGACAACCAGGAGGACGAUGGCUUUUGGGAGGGCGAGUUUAACGGCCGCGUCGGGGUCUUUCCUGCCGUGCUGGUGGAAGAUCUGGCCUCAUCGAACGGAGAGGACGCACACAGAAGCGUGGAGACACAGGAAUCUCCACGUAAUCAGAGUCGUCCACCUCGUCCUCUGUCUAUGACUCAGUACCAGCCUUCGUCCUGCAGUAGCCCUGUCUCUAGUCCUCUUGCAACACCCACUCUCCCUUCCCCAAUUUCCAGCCCAGCCAGUUCCUCAGCCUCCCCACUAGCCAGCCCGCGCUCCCUUAACGGCUAUCACAGACCAGCCCCUGCACCCCCCAAAGCACCCGGCAACAACCACGCCCACACGUCCACACCUCCACCCAGGUACCCCGCAGACAGCAGACCAGGAACGCUAAGGCCUGUGCGUGCCGCACCUCCUCCUCCUCCUCCCAAACAGCAGGCCCAGGGUCAAGUGCAGAAGAAGGAAGAAGUCGAGAUCACGCUGGUGUAAAGACGCCGCCCUGGUGGUCGCUUUUUUUAUUUCACGUGACCCCAUGGCAGACUCUCAGCCCGCUCCGGCUGGAGGAACGCUUCAGAAUUUGUCCAAGCGGUAGCAACAAGGAAAAGCCGGGUACAUCUGGAAUAGUGAGUAGUGAGCACGUGGGGCGAUCUGUGACAACCAGCAGGAUCAGCAGUCAGUGGAUAAACCUUGUGGUUUUCAUUUCAAACUUCAGAUGAAUUUAUAACGUGUCUGACUCUUCCGUUUGCUUCCUGUGGAACAGACUGACAGUGUGACAGGAGCUGGGCCGCCCAGCCGACAACACGACUGGAAGUGAAAUAGACUUCUUUAAGGGAAAGUGGCAAUUUCAGUUCAGCAUUUCAAAUGAGUAGGGAUUUUCUAAGUAUGUGCGUGUGCCUGGAUGUUUUUGGUUAAAAAUAUCUCUCUUUGUAAAACACUAUUUGAACGCAGAUUUUAAAUCAGUAUCAGGAUCACGACUAACAUCUUGAUCGUCUUGAAUCUAACAUGCUUUGGCUGUGGUCAAAAAAAUAUGUUAAUUUUUUUUUUAAUGUCUUAUAUCAGAACUGUCUUUUGGCUUCGAAGGCUGUGGGAGGUUUCACGAAACGAGCCGGACAGGUGACUUCGUAGCUUUCAAAGCAAAAGAGUGACUUAUUGAGAUCGAAUUUUCCUGGAAAGGCUCACAAAGCACUUUAGUGUUCAGAGUUCUAGAGCAUUUCAGUAUUAUUAUUGCUUGUGGAGUCCGGCGCUGUCGGUAUAUUAUUUAGUUCAUGCUGCUAGUCCUGAUAGUUUAGAUUCUGAUGUUUUUGGUUUAAUGUAAUUUAUUUCCAUGAAAUGAUUAAUAUGAAACCAGUGUCUUCUCUAACACAAUUUUUUUCUUUAAACCUGAUAGUUUACAGACAGCCUAAGGCAUAGAGGAAUACUAUACCUUAUACCUAUAACAGUCGUGUUAUGAGGUUUCUGUGUUCGUUUUAUUAAUUACAGGUUUAGCAAGGUGAUGAUUGUGUUCAAAUGUAGUUAGCUAGAUCGACAUUAAAACGUAUAUUUUUGUGUCUCCUGAGAUCUCUUGCAUGUCAUUUUAUUUUCAUGAGUUUAUAGUUUCUUUUUCCUGUUUUCACUAUCGGGUGUUUGAGCGGACAUUUAUUUCUUAAUGUUGCUUAAAAAAACUGAGCUCACAAACAAACUCUGUUGCGUUCGCAACAGCAUCAAAAGUCAUGUAUGUAUUUAUCAUGUAAGAAUAAUGGAGUAAUAAAUAUGUAAAAGAUG